AACGAAGACUAUCGAUAGUCCUGCGCUUCGAUAACCGCACCGCUCAACGCUUCACACAACUGCAGCCAUCGCCGUUUUACGGGCACGUGUAGAGUACAAAAGGUUCUUUUAUUAAUUGACUGUACAUCUGUGUUCCAAGGCCUGCAAAUGGAGUCCGAGUCGUUUUAUGGUGUCACACUCAGCGAGAAGGAGGCCAUCGCACAGUUCGAGGUCCCAGAUGUACCCGAGGAGUACAUCGUCCACUCGCACAAGCUCAUCAUCAAACAGAUUUCCCUCGGCCCAGAAGCGAAGACCGGCGAAUUCAACGUUGUACAGGCGGAGACGAACAUAAACGACGAUGGCGAGAAGAAAACACUGAAGAUCCCCAUUGCCGUGCUGAAGGUCGGCGAGACCCGUAGCUUAAGACCAAAUGUCGAGUUCCCCAACGGAUCAGUGACCUUCAAACUGGUGCAGGGAAGUGGGCCCGUACACGUCUGCGGCAAGGUCGAGAUGAACUUUGGCGAGUUUGACGACGGUCAGAUUUACGAGGAGUAUUCGGACGAGGAGGAGGAUAGCGAACUGGAAUUCGACGAAGAAGCAGCUCCUCAGACGAACGGAAAGAGUAAUAAGAAGAAGUAGAAACACAUUACACUCCAGUAAGCUAACUAAAUGAUCCGAAAAAAUAAAAACUUUAUUACGACUUCAA